AUGAGUCGGUCCGAGCGGCUUGCGGCCAAGCGCCAGAAGCUUUGCGAUAAUCCUUUCAUGCUCAAUCAUCCUUCGACACCUCCUGCAAAUGGCUCGCCGUUUAGGGACUUACCGGCAGAAAUUCGCAUCAAUAUCUACAAGAUUCUCUCCAAAGACGCAAAAAUCACCAUCAUGUUCGCCUGUCAGACCUGCCACUGCGGGGACGUUCAUGAACCAGCGGCUCUUACAUUCACGGAGCAUAUCGUCGACUUGCUCGGGCUGCUUUCUUGCUGCUCACUCAUCCGCAAAGAGGCUUGGCCGGUAUUGGCGCAGCAGACGCUUGUCAAAUUCGAAGGCCUGACUCAAUGGGAUGCACUUCCAGAUCAUCUCAGCACUUCGUUCCUGCCCAACGUUAAAAAGAUUGUGCUCACCGUUCCAUACUUGUUGUCAGACCCGGGCUUGCUGGAGAAGCUGCCUCAACUCAAGCAGGUCGAGGUCAUUCCUGACUUCUCUGUCAUCUUCCGAGACGCUGUGGAGAAGUUCAACGUGGCCGACUUCAUCCCCCACCUGUUUGGAGCCAACGACAAAGAGUAUCUUGAUCUCACUAUGAAGGUUGCGAGCGGAUGGGUUGGGAAGCUUGACGCGGACGAUGAGGAUGAUUACACCACCAAUGAGAUCUCUCUCGUUCGAAGCUGGGGAGGGCUGCAGGUCUGCGCUGCCAACAGAAUUCCUGUCAAGAUGCGAUACCUGAUCCGAUUUCCGUUGGUUCACCUUGCCGAGAAGGAAGAGAAGAUUCUCACCGCGACACUGGACUUUCGCACGGAGCUCACGUCGUUGAAGAUCGAGGGUCGCGAGCUUAGCUUUCAUCGAUUUCUCGAAGGCACGAAUCGGCCGGACGAAGCACUGAAACUCAUCAAGGACCUCUACGCCAUCGGAGAAGAAAGCCAAGAACGAGAUUCAGACAGCGAUGAUGGAGACUUGUGGUUUGAAGGGGAUGCGGAUUCUGAGUAUUCGGAUUACGAGGUAGUAGACGGAUAG